CAUCGCCCACGAUCGGCUAUGUCGCAUAAUUAUUCGACCAGAGCGGUUGUGGUGACCACAUCGCAUCGGUUUUCAGCUCUCAGUAUUCACACAAGUUAUUCAGAAAUUACUUCAUCACAUAUUCAUACCACCUAUCAUUUAGUUAUUCGCAAUGCCAGACAACAUGGAUAACGAUAGAGAGCGUGGGGCUACACACCACUUCAACACACGAUCAACCUCAUGCCCAAAUAGCGAAGCAGGGGCAGCGAAUAGCGUUAUCUCCAUCUCUGAUACUUCCGAUAUCGAUGACGGUGAUGAUGUAAUUGCUAUAUCUUCUGAUGACACUUCUGACAGUGAGUCUGAGGCUGGGGAUAUCCUGCCUGACACGGGCAAACAGGGUCGGCUGUCGGCUACUCCAUUGCUCAGUUAUCCCCACGGAACCGUCCGUAUCACGCACUUGCAGGAUGAGCGAUCAGCUAGCGACGACAUGAUUACAUUCGAAGCUUUGGUACAGCCCGAGAAGCUGCGCAAGGCCAUCCUCUCAGCCUAUGUUGUGGAUAUGGAAUGGCUAACCAGCAAGUUUAGGUCAGAGACAAAAAUCGUGCUGGUUGAGAACUACAAUCCGAAGACAGAGCACAGAGGGGCUAUGCAGUUUGACCGUGGAAUGUUGACAAUAGUUCACCCGGAAUUCAAUCCCCGGCAGAUGUACCCUAUUGUGCAUUCGAAGUUCAUGCUGUUGUUCUAUGACGCGCAUGUGCGAUUGGUGGUAGGCUCAGCAAAUCUUAUCCCGGUUGACUGGAGUAUAAUCCAAAACAUCUUGUUUAUCCAGGACCUGCCGUAUACGCCCAACCAGCCCCAGCCUACAACCGAGUUUGGGAUAUCGCUGACGGAGGUGCUUUUGGACCUGAGCGUGCCAAGCCAAGCAGUUGCCCAAUUGAAUUAUAUUGAUUUUCGCAAGGUCACCGUGCACCUCGUUGCCUCUGUGCCGACAAGCUACCGGCGCAGCAUCGACCAUUCGACACACUACGGAAUCAGCCGGCUAGCCCAGGUUGUGCAUAAAAUGAAGCCGCAUAUGCCGGCUGUCGACAAUGCCAGCUUGAACCUGUAUGUGUACGGAACCUCGAUGAGUGCCAUUACUGAACAAUACCUGGCGGUGUUUUAUAAAUGCGCGCAGGGUCCAGAUCCCCAGUCGCUGAACAGCAUGUCCAGAUGGUGUAUGGAUAAAAGCGCCGUGCGUGUAUAUAUCGGGUUCCAUACAGAGGACCAGGCACAGGAAUUUAGAUACGAGAGCCAGAGCCGCAGCAGCCUUGUGUUUAUGCGAAGCAUGUACACUAACUAUUCGUUCCCCAGAGACCGGUUGUAUAAGAUCAGGGCCUCUUCCCCGCGGGUCGCCACCCAUGCCAAGGUCAUCAUGGCGCGCUUGGGCAGGGCACAAGACCAUGGAUGGGUAUACCUGGGCAGCCACAACUUUACACAGGGGGCAUGGGGCCGGCCGAAGGAUACAUCGCGGCCCAACAUUAACAACUACGAGCUGGGCGUCGUCAUCCCAGAUAUCAGCUACUCUGUUGAGGCAGGGCAUACACAUGCCAUGUGGAAUGGUGUCAGGGUUCCACUUUCAUUUGAUGUAGACUGGGAGCCAUAUAACUACGGGGAUAUACCAUGUCUUCGAGAUAAUGUGUAGAUGCUUCGGAGCUAUAAUAUAUGUGGAUGCAUCCAGGGAACCAAGGUCGAAGCAAUAGCUGUUACCAGUAUGACAUGUGUAUCUAAAUGUCGCCUUUAACAGUCGUCGCCAUUCACUGCCAAGUAAGAAAUACUCAUCCAAAAGAAGCCUUUGGCACAAGUGCGACCCAGCACUUGGUCAAUUC